AUGGGCCAGGUCCAGCUCCCGGCAGCAUCCUCCUGCCCGCAGCUGGCCACCGGCCGGGCGGCCUCCCCACGGGAGCAGGAAGCGCUCUCCGCAUCCGCCCCUGCCCGCCUGGCCCCGGGCUUUUUUUAUAACAUAACUUGUGUUGAGCAGGACCGGGACAUCUUCUCCCCGAAGCCGUACUGGAAGGAGUUCAGGUUCGACCUGACCCAGGUGCCCACGGGCGAGUCGGUGACGGCCGCCGAGUUUCGCAUCUACAAGGCGCGGGGUGUAACUCGCCAUGCCAACACCACCCUCCACGUCAGCAUCUACGAGAUCGCCGCCGAGCACUCCAACAGGGAGUCUGACCUGUUCCUGCUGGAUGUCCAGGACCUGCGUGCUGGGACUGAGGGCUGGCUGGUGUUUGACGUCACGGCCGCCAGCAACCACUGGUUAGUGGAUCGGAAAUACAACCUGGGGCUGCGACUCUACGUGGAGACUGACGAUGGGCACAGCGUCGACCCGGGCUCGGCAGGGCUCCUGGGGCGCCGGGGACCCCGCUCCAAGCAGCCCUUCAUGGUGACGUUUUUCCGGGCGAGCCCCGGCCCCACACGCAUUACACGGGCAGCCAAGCCCCCGAGGAGGCGGCAGCCCAAGAAGACGAACGACCUCCCGCAUCCAAACAAGCUGCCAGGAAUUUUUGACGAUGUCCACGCCGCGGACGGGCGGCAGGUCUGCCGGCGCCAUGAGCUCUACGUCAGCUUUCAGGACCUCGGCUGGCUGGUACUUGUCUACUGGGAGAUUUCCCCGCAGGGGUACUCAGCCUACUACUGCGAGGGGGAGUGUGCUUUCCCGCUGGACUCCUGCAUGAACGCCACCAACCAUGCCAUCCUGCAGUCCCUGGUCCACCUGAUGAAGCCCGAGGCCGUGCCCAAGGCGUGCUGUGCCCCCACGAAGCUCAGUGCCACCUCCGUCCUCUACUACGACAGCAACAACAACGUCAUCCUGAAGAAGCACCGCAACAUGGUGGUGAAAUCCUGCGGCUGCCACUGACGGCCGGGUCCCAUCCCCAUCCCAUCCCAUCCCCAUCCCCAUCCCAUCCCAUCCCCACCAGAGCAAUGUGACACUGGGUUUCUGCUGCGUGUGUGGAAGAGGAAUUUCAUGGGCUGCAUCAUAGCGAAGUCCAUUAAUAAAUAGUAAGAAUAAAUCCCUCCCACCCCUUCCUAGAAGUGGAUGUAAAUAAUAUAAAACUUUUAUUCUCUUACCACACUUACUGAGACACAUACAUAUAUACAUAUAUAUAUAUAUAUAUAGGAAAGAGAGGAUUUGUGGCUGGUUCCGUGUCUGUUUUGUGCGUGGCUGAUGUGUUUUCCCCUCACGCUGCUGGCUCACAGGAUGCUGCAGUCUCCAGUGGAGGCAGUUUGGGCUGAAGGGUAAUUAGGCCAAGGGAGGCGGCAUCCGAGUUGCUCUGGGGUUGUUUCUAGCCAUGUAUGUCUAACUAACCCACCUCUACCCAGCGCUUUUAAUUCCUUUAAUGAAAACACCGUCGGCCAAUUAAAUAGCUGGCUGACUAACCCGCUCCUGUUUACGUAAAGUUCAGAAAAUUCAGCCAGUUGGAAAAAAAAAAAAAAAUCCAUAUUGAGCUACAACUCUGUUAUAAAAUAAACGCCUAGUUUGGAAAGUAAACACGUAGUUUCUCUUGCUCUUUGUUUUUUAAUAAAUGUCACGGCACAGCAGCGCUCUGUUGGGCGGACGGGAUUUCGCAAUGAAAAAAUACACCAGGAUCGG